CAUGCCUUCUGAAAGAAGAAAAAAGAGAAAAAGGAAAAAACUGUAAGCAGUAGCAGAAGACGACAGCAAGUCCCCUAUUACGUGUUAUUUGGGUUUUGCAUGCAUUUGCUGAAGGGAAAUGAAUGGUUUCGGCAAUGAACAACUCCCUUGCAGGACCUGAAACCUCCAUAAAAGGAAGCCAAAUCCUUAUUUUGCAAUCUUCCAUGCGAAGCAUUAUAAGCCUUGCCAUAUCCUUAUGGGUUUACUUUCAGUUUCUUUCACCGUAACGCACCUGUCCAUCUUCUUCGCCUUCUCCUCUUGCUUUUCUUGACAAGUUUCCAUCUUCUCUCUGCAUUUCUCUCGUUCUUCAAAUCCCCUUUUGGGGGUGGGAUCCACAUGGAUUCCAAUUUCCCUUUUAUAAUCUCCCUCUUUCUUCCUUCAUUCUCAGAAAUAUCCACAUUCAGUUCAAUUUUCCACAAUGUUUUCUUCUUUCUGCUCUGCCCUUUCAGUUCUCUUUAUCCCCAACUCCACUUCUCUCCCUCUCGAUCAUAUCCACCAAGUCUCUGAAUGGUUCGAGGAACAACUCGAGGAUGAUCUCAAAUGGUCCUUUGCCGUCAACAGGAUACUUCAUGCCGCAACUAGCGAGUUCCAAGAUAUAGUUCUGUUGGAUACCAAGCGAUUUGGGAAGGCUCUAUUGCUUGAUGGGAAGCUGCAAAGUGCUGAAAAAGAUGAAUUCAUUUAUCAUGAGUCCUUGGUUCAUCCUGCUCUGUUAUUGCAUCAUAACCCCAAAACAGUGUUUAUAAUGGGAGGUGGAGAAGGGUCUACUGCUAGAGAGACACUAAAGCAUAAAGAUAUUGAGAAAGUUGUCAUGUGCGAUAUUGAUAGGGAUGUUGUCAAUUUCUGCCGGGCACAUCUAAAAGAAAACCAAGAUGCAUUUCAAGACGAAAAGCUUCAUAUUAUUUUUGACGAUGCAAAGGCUGGAUUGGAGGGACGACCAGAGAAGUUUGAUGUAAUCAUUGGCGAUUUAUCAGAUCCACAUGAAGGAGGACCAUGCAAUCAUCUGUACACUAAAUCCUUCUAUGAGGAAGUGAUUAAGCCCAAGCUCAAUGACAAUGGUAUUUUUGUUACCCAGGCUGGCCCUGCUGGUAUUCUCUCCCACGAGGUAUUCUCAUCAAUAUACAACACAGUAAAGCACGUCUUCAAAUAUGUGAUUGCAUAUACAGCUCAUGUUCCAUCCUAUGCAGAUUCAUGUGGAUGGGUUUUGGCUUGUGAUCAUCCUAUUGAACUGGACAUGGAGGACCUGAACAAUAGGAUUCGUGAGAGAGUCCGUGGCGAGCUACACUACUUGGAUGGUGCAUACAUCGUAUCGUCAACAGUCGUAAACAAGACCAUUCGUGCGUCGAUGAUGAAUGAGACUCAUCUGUUCACCGAGGAAGAUGCAAGGUUCGCACAUGGCCGAGGGCUGGUUAGCGAUGCCUAGAAACUCCAAGCUUCGAACUUCAGAAUGUUGCUAAACCAAGCAAUAUAUUAGAACUUGGCGGUCACCAGCCUAUAUAUCUUUAAUUAUAACUGCAUGUUUACCUACAUGAACUGAAGCUGUUUCUCCUUAGUUUCAAGCGAUUGUGUAAUGUUUGAUGCUUAGUUCUUUUUUUUUUCCUUCUAUCUAGUUCAACAAUAAACAAUAUAUAGGUUAGAGAUUCAAACCUCUUAUCUCUUUGUCGAGAGUUUAUAUUUUAUGUCAGUUGAGCUAUGUAUCAUACAUGUUUGAAAAUCAAUGUUUGGGGAGAAGGUAAAAAAUUAUUAUAUUA